AUGGAGAAGUUGAAAGUUCUCAAUCUUUCAUGGUUCUCGAAAUUGAAGAGCAACCCUAAUCUCUCUGCUUUUGAAAAUUUAGAGUGGCUAAUCCUAGAAGGUUGUGCUAAUUUGAAGGAAAUCGACCCUUCCAUUCAAUAUGCCAAGCGCCUCCUUAUCUUGAACUUGAGCUAUUGUAGAAGUCUCAAGAUGUUACCUAAACAACUUGGCAAACUAGAAAAUUUGGAGGAACUUGUCAUAGACAAGACUUGGAUAAAAGAAAUCCCUUCAUGUGUAGGAUCUUUAAAGAAGCUAAAGAGGCUUAGUGCCCAGUGGGAUUGGCGGUCAAAACAUUUGUCAUUAAAAAAGAUCCCUUCUUCAAUUGGGAAGUUGGGAGAGUUGGUUGAGCUGGACUUGUCAUAUACUAGGAUUAAGGAACUACCUGAAUCCAUUGGGAAAUUGAACAAAUUGAAAAUUCUGAAUAUUGAGGGUUGUGAGAUAGAAAGGAUACCGAGCUCUAUUGGAAAAUUGCAGAGCCUCCAAGAGGUCAAUGCCAUCUCAUGCAAAAAACUAAAAGGACAAAUUCUUGUUGAUAAAGGUGGAUUGUCUUCUCUAAAGACCCUUUGUUUAGGCGAAACAAAAAUUUCUGGCUUGCCGGAAAACUUACAUCAGCUUUCUUCUCUCGAGCACCUCGAUUUAUAUAACUGUCAUGACCUUCAGUCACUCCCAAAACCUCCUUGUAGCUUAUCAUUCUUGUGGCUCACCUGUCGGAGCAAUGAGCUGCCAUCGCUCUCUCACCUGAAGCAUCUACAGAAGCUCUAUCUUUGGUUUUGCAAGUCUCUUCAAAGCAUCCCAUCGCUUUCUCACUUGAAGCAUCUACAGAAGCUCUCUCUUUGGUUUUGCAAGUCUCUACAAAGCAUCCCAUUGCUCUCUCACCUGAAGCAUCUACAGCAGCUCUGGCUUUGGCAUUGCGAGUCUCUUCAAGAGAUCCCAGAGCUUCCCUCCUGCAUACGGACGCUUAGCAUUUGGAUAUGUCCCAAAUUGGAAAGGUUGCCAAAUCUUUCCGAUUUGGAAUUUUUGUCGGAAUUAGGGCUCAAUUAUUGCUAUGGGCUGAAGAAAUUGGAUGGACUGGAAUCUUUAAAAUCCCUAAGAGAGUUGCGCCUACCGCUAUUAUUUGCUGAAAUGGUGGAUCAUCUCCAUGCGAUAGAAGGCCUUGAAAAAUUGGGAUCCCUGGAAGUGGUGGAUAUCUCUAGGCGCAAGCACAUUCAAGUACUGGACCUUUCAAAGUCGGAGCAUCUGAAGAAGUUGAUUGUUAGGGAUUGCAAAAGCUUAGUUGAAAUUCGCUGCCCGAGUAAAUUCCUGAAGUGCUUUGAUAGGAGUGGGUGCGAGUCACUCAAGAAAUUACCAGACUUUAUUAUUGAGGAAAGCAACGGCGAGAAGCUGACUGAGGUUUGCUAG